AUGGCAACGAGAACCCCCAACCUUUCGGCGGCGGCGAGGUCUCGCCGGAGCAUGCCGCCGCCGCCAACGCCAGCCGCCGCUCUGAGCCCUCCCUUCUCCCCUGCCCCGUUGCGCGCCCGCCGUGGCGCCGUCGCCGGGGCCGGCGCCGACUCCUCCUCCUCCUCCCCCGUCGAGCAACCAUGCGUCAGGCUGUGGGAGUGGUGGCUGGCGAGGGUGGAAGGCGAAGAGCGGAAGCUCGCAGUCUCCGGGUACACUGAAAAGAACGACGCGUUCACCUCUGCGCCCAUAGCAAAGCGUUACGAGCCUCUUACGAUUGAAGAUGAGGACGGGGUUGUGGUGCUCCUUGUUGGUUCAUUGAGCUUGCCACGAAUGCAUGAAAAUGGAUUCUCUGCGCAGAUCUGCGAGAGGUUCAUGAUUGGAUUUCCGUUCUGGUGGGAGACCUGGGAUUCGCACAUGAAAAAUUUCCCGGAAUUUUUUAUCGAUCCACGAGAGGGUUCAACUCAAUUUUACCUGCAGAAAUUCCAGCUAGGCAAUUUUCUCGAAACAUUAGGACCUUCAUUCAUCCAGAACCUUCUUAAGGAUGCUAAGAACAACACAUUCGAUGAGGCUGGUACCUUCACAGAGUGUUCAAGAUUUGAGGAGUACACUUGUGGCAGUGAUAUCUCAACAAAGGAAAAAUCCGCAGAAUCAAAUGAUGCCAGACCAGCACUUGUAGCUAGUGAGGUGGAUAAUGUGGAAACAGACUUGAUUGCGAGCAGCCCUUCGCAACAAAAAGAUAAUGUAGACAUUCAUUGUAAUUUAAUUCUUGGUCCCACAGAUGCGUGUACUAGCGAUGAGACUUGCCAAGAGACAGGAAAUCAGAAUGAUACCAUUCAUCCAGCAGCAGUGGAACUGGAAGCUGGUGGCCAUCUUGUCAACUCCAAUUUGAUUUUUAAUAGGUCCCCUGACUGUAUGCCCAGAGGCUUGGAAGAUGAAAAUACAAGUGCUGGAAACUCAGAGGGUAUGGUGUCUAAAUGUCUUUUAGAUGCUGUACCACCUGAAAAGGAUAAUUUCUGCUCAGACAUUGCCGGCACUUUGCAAGGUGUAGAACCCUUGAGUUAUGAAAGUACCCCAUUGGCUUCAUUGAAGAAUCAAGUCUGCUUGGAAGGAACUGAGCUCAUCACAGUUACUCAGAAGGCAGUACCAAAUGAAGAUACAUCAACUCCAGUUCAUUCAGAUGCGCAAUCUCUGGAAAAAAUUGUAGGCCCAGCAGAGAAGCAAAAAUCUGCACAGAAUCUGUUGAGGACUCCUACUAAAUCGCCAAUGGCUAGAAGUCCUAUUUUAUAUGUGCGAUCUUCACUUACUCCUAGUAAGGCUAAGGUGCUAUCUGCUCCCAAAAUUGAAACUCUUCAACUCAGAAGCUCUAGAUCAGGUCGGCUGAUAGUUCCACGUUUGGAUCCAGCAACCCAAAGCAUUAUCUAUAACACGGAUGGUUCGAUCAGCGGUGUAACCAACUCAGAGCUUCAACGGCCUCAAGGUUGUGAAUCGGAGCGUCCUGCUAAGAGGAGGAGAAAGUCUCAGUGUCCAACCCCAUACCGUGGCAGGUUGCUGCAGUUCGAUGGAAAUAUAUAAUGGAAAUUCUGGCUAGUAGCUUAAGUUCAGUAAUGCACAUGACCUUGGACAAGAAAGGUUCAGUAUGCACAGUUGCGCACUGAUAGGAAAUAAGCUUAAACAAAAAUCAGAUUUAACACCUGACGAGACAAGUUUGGCGGCGAUGCUUUUGGGCUAAUUGGAAGAUUCUGACCUUUUGGAGUGAAAUAUUUCACAAGAACGUUAUUGAUUAGAAAGAGAAGUGUCUCUGUUUGGGAAUCUCUUUUGACUGGUUCGAGCAAAGGGCUUUGCCAUAAAAAGUUCUUGCAUUGCUUUCUAGCAGAUGUUGGUGGAAUGGAAGAAUGUGGGAAGAAACAAUGAAGAAGUUCUUAUUUGUU